CAAGCGCAGCCGCUGGCGAGACUUCGCCGACCCUUAGAGGAAAGGUUUACCCCGCCGCUGCCUCCAGGCCAGGAGAAGCAACUAAGUAAUAAGAACCCCAGCGGGCUCCGAUUUCUCGGUUCUUCCCACCUGCCCCGAAGCCGAAAGCUGCCCAGAGGGCUUGGCAGCAGAGCCCUGUAGAUGGUUCGGACUCCCAAACCACCUACCUCGGCGGCGGGUCUGACUCCCCUCUAGCUGGCUCCGCCCACCCCACCUGGAAUGGCUGGGGGCGGGGCCUGGGUAGCGGCGCGGUUUCCCGGGUGACGGCCGCGCGGAAGAGGCGGGGCUAGGGCCCUGGUCCUCACUGCCCGGCCCCUGGGGGCCGUGACCGGAAACCGCGGCCCCCGAGAGUCAGCCAGAAGCAGGGCCGAAGCGACAGCGCCAGAGAUCGGCGACUCCGGACCGGGUAGUUCGGUCGCUGGGUCUGGCGGCAGAACAGGGGUGCAAGCCUGGGACUGCUCGUCGGGGGGCGGCGGCGCGGGCGGGCCAUGCUCCGGGACUCCCCGUCUCUGUGGGGGCUGGUAGAGGAGUACGUUCCGCUCCCAGAGCGGCCCGAAGUGAAGAGGAUUCUGGGGGAGACGACGGUGGACCUGAGCCUGGAGCUGCGGGCAGAGGUGGGGAGCGGGCAGAUGGGCCACACUCCAGGCCUGUCCCAGGACUCGGGUGAUUUCCCCACCUCCUCCGGGUCCCUGGUCCUGCCCGACAGGUCUCGAGAUCUUGCCGGAUUUCACUCUCCGCGCAGCCCUCUUGACUCCGCUCUGCCCCUCAGUCCCUCAGCCCCCUUCACUCCCGUCACUUCUCUCCCCAGUCGCAAGGUGUCCCAGCUCUCCUUGCAGGUGGUGAUGCUACAGUCACUGCUCCAAGAGGCUCGAUCCUCCCAAGCCUCUGGCUCCCGCCCCACUUCUGACCCCUCCUCCCUUCUGGCACCACCGCCCCUCCUAAGAGAUCUCGUGCGCCAGGAACUGAGGCAGCUGCUCCUAGGUCUCCGCCAGAAGGCCAUCUGCGAGGGCAGGGACCAGACCCAGGCUUGGGUACAGUAUAGCCCCAGGGUCCUGCACUUUGCCUUGGAGGAGCCUAAGUGUGGUUUGCCAGAACAGGAGACAUUGCAGAUGAGAGCUGGUGAACCCAGCAGUCAGAGGGACCUCAGCAUCAUCAAGGACCAACUGAAUGUGUCCAGCAUCGACCAGGUUGCUGGACACCUGCGGAGCCUCCUGGAGGAGGAGUGUCAUGCCUUGGAGAGGAUGGGCCCCGUCCUGCAGCGCUGCCUGGAAGAGGAGUAUACAGGGGCGCCCCAGGCCUCUGAGGCAACCCUAGAGCCCACCCUGGCAGAGCUGAAGGAGCAGAAGGCAGCCAUGCGCCGGGAGCUGCAGGCCCCUCUGAGGCCCCCCUGUGUCUCCUCCAGCCACGGGUCACCCAGAGCGGCGGGACGGCUGGGCAGGGGGGGCGAAGGCUCAGGCCACUGCUCGCUCACAGCUGCUCUGUUCAGGCAGCAGCCCGGGGGGUCCUCCAGCCGAGGUCUCAGCCCCCGGCCUUGCCCCCACGGGGCUGCUGGAGCUCAGGCGGGGCCUCGCCAGGGCUGCCUGCCCACUCCCCCUCUGGAGCACUGCCCCCGGCCCCGACCUCGAGGCCUGACUACCACCUGCCGCUGGGGACGGAAGCUUCAGUGCAGCCCCGGGAAGAGGCCGGCCUCCACUCUGAUGUCUGGCGCAGCACCCCAGGCCCCACCCUGAAGGGCUGGUGGUGAAGUGGGCUUCGGCUUCUGCUGGAACUCACCCCAUCUGCCGCUGCCACCUCUCCGUUGCCAUGGCCCAGCCUGCUUAGGUCUAGUCUUGCAUGGGCCCUCGCCAGGAUGCAAGGCCGCCCAUCUGUCUGGCCCUUGCCCCACCCCCUGGCCAAGUCCC